AGCCGGCGUUGGGCCCGCCUGGAAUGCGGGAACAGGCUGCACACCAGGACUUUUAUGGAAACUUGCUGCUGGAGCCGGCGGCGGCCAGAGGGCUCGUAGCGGCUGGAGCGGCGGCGGCCGGAGCGCCAGGACCCCUGACCACACCCCGGCGCCCAGAGCCUGCCAGCGCGCACCCCGGACCUUCGCGUGUCGCCGGCUCGAGGUGCAAAAAAUUACAAAGCUUCAUAAUCACCCCAAGACUGCAUAGAGCAAACAUGAAUGAUAUUUCUCAAAAGGCUGAGAUUAAAGAAAUGCUUGCUUCUGAUGAUGAGGAAGAGGUAUCUUCUAAAGUAGAAAAGGCUUACGUCCCAAAGCUAACAGGAACUGUUAAAGGUAAAUUUGCUGAAAUGGAGAAACAAAGACAAGAGGAACAAAGGAAGAGAACAGAAGAGGAACGAAAACGCAGAAUUGAGCAGGAUAUGUUAGAAAAGAGGAAGAUACAACGUGAAUUAGCAAAAAGGGCUGAGCAGAUUGAGGACAUAAACAAUACGGGAACUGAAUCAGCAUCAGAGGAAGGAGAUGAUUCACUGCUUGUAACAGUGGUACCUGUCAAAUCACACAAAACAUCUGGAAAAAUGAAAAAGAAUUUCGAAGAUCUAGAAAAAGAACAAGAAGAAAAGGAAAGGGUCAAGUAUGAAGAAGAUAUAAGAUAUGAAGAACAACGUCGGUCUCUCAAGGAAGCAAAGUGUCUUUCAUUGGUCAUGGAUGAUGAACUGGAAAGUGAGGCAAAGAAAGAGUCACUUUCUCCUGGAAAAUUGAAACUGACUUUUGAAGAAUUGGAAAGACAAAGACAAGAAAACCGAAGGAAGCAAGCUGAGGAGGAAGCAAGAAAACGUUUAGAAGAAGAGAGGCGUGCUUUUGAAGAAGCAAGGCGGCAAAUGGUAAAUGAAGAGGAGGAAAACCAAGACACUGAAAACAUUUUUAAAGGGUACCGCCCUGGUAAACUCAAACUCAGUUUUGAAGAAAUAGAAAGACAAAGGAGAGAAGAUGAAAAAAGGAAAGCAGAAGAAGAAGCCAGAAGAAGAAUAGAGGAAGAAAAGAAGGCAUUUGCUGAAGCAAGGAGAAGCAUGGUAGUAGAUGAUGACUCCCCAGAGAUGUAUAAAACAACCUCUCAAGAAUCUCUUACACCUGGAAAACUAGAAAUUAAUUUUGAAGAAUUAUUAAAACAAAAAAUGGAAGAAGAAAGACGACGAACAGAGGAGGAACGGAAGCAUAAGCUAGAGAUGGAAAAACAGGAAUUUGAACAACUGAGACAAGAAAUGGGAGAGGAAGAAGAAGAAAAUGAAACCUUUGAACUGAGCAGGGAAUAUGAAGAAUUAAUCAAAUUGAAAAGGAGUGGCUCUAUUCAAGCUAAAAAUCUAAAAAGCAAGUUUGAAAAAAUUGGACAAUUGUCUGAAAAACAAAUACAGAAAAAGAUAGAAGAAGAACGAGCAAGAAGAAGAGCAAUUGAUCUUGAAAUUAAAGAGCGAGAAGCAGAAAACUUUCAUGAGGAAGAAGAUGUUGAUAUCAAGCCUGCAAAAAAAAGUGAGGCUCCAUUUACUCAUAAAGUGAAUAUGAAAGCUAGAUUUGAACGAAUGGCUAAGGCAAGAGAAGAAGAAGAACAAAGAAGAAUUGAAGAGCAAAAGUUAUUACGCAUGCAGUUUGAACAAAAGGAAAUUGAUGCAGCACUACAAAAGAAAAGAGAAGAGGAGGAGGAAGAAGAGGGUAGCAACAUGAAUGGCUCCACCAUUGAAGAUGAAGCGGAAACCAGAUCAGGAGCUCCGUGGUUUAAGAAGCCUCUAAAAAACACAUCGGUUGUAGACAGUGAGCCAGUUAGAUUUACUGUUAAAGUAACAGGAGAACCCAAACCAGAAAUUACAUGGUGGUUUGAAGGAGAAAUAUUGCAGGAUGGAGAAGACUAUCAAUAUAUUGAAAGAGGAGAAACUUACUGUCUUUAUUUACCAGAAACUUUCCCAGAAGAUGAAGGAGAGUAUAUGUGUAAAGCAGUGAACAAUAAAGGCUCUGCAGCUAGUACCUGCAUUCUUACCAUUGAAACUGACGACUACUAGGUCCCCUUCCCUCUCCCUGGAACACACACCCUCUCUCUCCGACUUUCUUACUGCAUCCAUCCUUUCUGUGGCGGGGCCAGAAAAGGAAACUGGAAGUGCCACUAUGCUGACUCCUCAUUCCUUUCCCCAACAGUCUUCACAACACAAGCUCGUCUGAAAAGUACCUCCUUCCUUUUCAAAUGAGCACCAGAUUCACAUUACGCAGUAUACGUUGGUGUGUAAUUUAAUAAGGCCAAGUGGGAAAUUUACUCAAUUAUUUCUAUCAGAACCCAUACAAAGGCUGCGUAUUUCCCAUGUUUACAGCAAUGAUGUUUAAAAAAAUCAUAAAUCGGACAUAUUUUGCAUGAAAGAAUAACACUUAUGAGCUAUGCACACCUAAAAUUAGUCUGAAAUAGCUGAGUUAAGGAAUUUGGAACCUAUCAAUUUGAGUGGGCUUUUUUCCUCAGUAGUUUAUCAUUUUGGUUGUUGUAGUUUCAGAGUCUUUCUGAAGCAGAGAUAUAUGAGGGGGUAGGGGUGUCAUUUCUCCCUGUGUGUGGAGAAAACAAAAAAACUGAAGACUUUUAAGAAACAACUGCCAGAGCAAAUGUGAUGGAAACCACUGCCUAAUACAGAGUUCUGAGUGUUGAGAAUAUCAAACGUACUUUUCAAAUGUGUGUGAUAUAUAUUCAAGCUUAUAAAAGCAAAUUUAUGUUGUGACCUUGCCUGAACAAAUUAUAUUUUAAUGAGAAAACUUUGUAUUAAUAGUUCAUGCAGGAGAAAACAAUUUCAACAUAAUCAAAGAUUUCAAGAUCUAGAAUUAGAUUUAGGGAAAAAUGGCACAAUCUUCAAUUUUGAGUUUUUAAAGUGAGUUUGUAAAUAAUUAGCAACCAUGUACUAAUCAAGUUGUUUUAUAUUUUAAUUGUCUGGAAGACAAUUUUAUUUUACAAUGUAAACCCAUAAUAAAGUCACUUCUGUAUUUAAAAAAAA